AUGCAGCCCACAAACCAAACUGCUAUUGCUAGAUUCUUCCUCGUGGGACUGACAGAUGAUCCAGAGUUCCAGCCUCUCAUCUUCCUCCUGUUUAUGUCCAUAUAUCUCAUCACCAUCCUGGGCAACCUGCUCAUCAUCCUGGCUGUCAGCUCUGACACUCACCUUCACACCCCCAUGUACUUCUUCCUCUCCAAUCUCUCCCUCAUAGACAUCUGUACCAGCACCACCACCAUCCCAAAGGUGCUGGUGAACAUCCAGGCCCAGGACCACAGCAUCUCCUUCGCUGGAUGCCUUGCCCAGGUCUGCUUUAUCUUGAUUUUUGGUGGUUUAGAAAGUUGUCUCCUUACAGCCAUGGCUUAUGAUCGCUAUAUAGCCAUUUGUCACCCCCUGAGGUACACAGCCAUCAUGCAUCCCCACCUCUGUGUCCUGAUAGUAAUAAUGUCCCUGCUUAUCAUUACCAUGAAUGCCUUGCUCCACAGUCUCAUGCUAUUGAGACUGUCCUUCUGCACUGACCUUAAAAUCCCCCACUUCUUCUGUGAGCUUGUCCAGGUCAUGAACAUGGCCUGUUCUGACACUUCCAUCAAUAGCAUCCUUGUCUAUGUGGCAACUAGUGUAUUUGCUGGUAUCCCCCUCUCUGGGAUUAUUUUAUCUUAUGCCCAGAUUGUCUCCUCUAUUUUGAGGAUCCCCACAAUGAAGGGGAGAUACAAAGCCUUUUCCACCUGUGGGUCUCAUCUCUCCGUGGUCUCCUUAUUCUAUGGGACAGCUUUUGGGUUGUACAUGAGCUCCAACAUGGCUGAUUCUGCCACUAAGAAUGUGGUGGCCUCCAUGAUGUAUGUUGUGGUCCCUCAAAUGCUGAACCCCUUUAUCUAUAGUUUGAGGAACAGAGAGAUAAAAGAGGCCUUGAGGCAUCUCCUCUUUGGAAAGCCUUCUGCUCUGACUGUAUCAGCUUUUGGGUUUCAAGAAUAA